UGUCUGGUAGGGGUAGUGGAUGUGGGAGUGUCUGGUAAGGGUAGAGGCCGUGGGAGUGUCUGGUACGGCUAGUGGACGUGGGAGUGUCUGGAGGUGGUGAGGAUCUAGCGAUGCUCCAGAGACACUGUGAGACUGUUGGAUAACUGUCAGUUUUGACAGCGCGUUGGCAACGGUGAUACAUGGAGAUGAAACACAGGAGAACUAUGAGGCAACGCUAUGCUCUAAAACAUGGGAUACUGAAGGAGUUCCUGGCGGAGUUCCUGGGGACUUUUAUCUUGGUUUUGUUUGGCGUUGGAUCUGUUGCUCAGACGGUCCUGAGUCGUAAUGCCAUGGGGGAGACUCUCACCAUCCAUAUAGGCUUCUCUGUAGGACUGAUGAUGGCAGUGUACGUGGCCGGAGGAGUGUCAGGAGCCCAUGUGAACCCUGCUGUCUCCUUGGCCAUGGUGAUCCUGGGAAAACUCAAGUUCUAUAAAUUCCCUGUCUAUGUCAUCGCUCAGUUCCUUGGUGCUUUCUCUGGAGCUGCUGCAGUGUUUGGGCUGUAUUAUGAUGCGUUCAUGGACUUCACCAAUGGGAUUUUAUCAGUGACUGGUAUUAAUGCCACCGGUCACAUCUUUGCCUCUUACCCUGCCAGGUCGCUAACCAUCCUCGGAGGCAUCAUAGACCAGGCAGCGGGAACAGGCAUGCUGGUGUUGUGUAUCCUGGCCAUCAGCGAUGGGAAGAACAUCGGCGCCCCUAGAGGCAUGGAGCCACUGUGCAUCGGCCUGAUCAUCAUGGCUAUCGGAGUGUCCAUGGGGCUGAACUGUGGGUACCCCCUCAACCCUGCCAGGGACCUGGGGCCACGACUCUUUACUGCUGUAGCAGGCUGGGGUUGGGAGGUGUUCAGCACUUCAGACUACUGGUGGUGGGUCCCGGUGGCGGGGCCGAUGAUAGGGGGCGUGGUCGGGGCUCUGGUCUACUUCCUGUUCAUCGAGAUGCAUCACAAACAGCCUGAGAAACCCCACGAGGAGGAAGAGGAGGAGGACGAAGAGGAGGAAGAAGAUCUGGAGGAGGACAGCAGUCUUAAGGACAAAUAUGAGAUGAUUACCAUGAGUUAAAGAGUCAGAGAGAUUCAUUCACUUGUCAAGGACUUUAAAAGAAAAUGUCUGUCUGUCUGGUUCAGAUCAAUGUUACUGUAAAGUCAAUCAGGAGAGGAAUGUCAUGUUGGGAGCCAAAUACACACACACACACACACACACACACACACACACACACACACACACACACACACACACACACACACA